CCGCGCGUGGGCGGCUCUGACCAAUAACGACUGUUGUUACAGCGAACAGCUUGACCGCGUUUGUAAAAGGCCGCGGCAGGCGAAGAGAGAAGAGGUGAGGGCGGUCAUCAGCGAGGGGCCCUGGGGCCUGCGGGGGGGCGCAGGGCAGGCUGUCAAGAUCUCCAGUUAGGGCAGUGGGAAUCUUCUUUGACUGUGGAACAUUGGGCAGGAGCUUUGCCAUUGGAUGGUCAAGAAAGAGGCAGCAGAAUGUCUGCAUUGUUACACCACAGUGUUCAGACUUCAGAAGACUGCAGGCUGAGCAGUAUCAUUUACUCUGCAAGUGAUUAUGUCUUCACCUGUCCUCUCUGAUCAUCAGAAACUAAUGAAACAUCUUUUAGGUCUUAUGAAUUCAGGUAACAGUGUUUUCCAGAUGCCCUGGCAGCUGGUACAGGGCCUGUGAAAAAAUGGAAUCAAACUCUCUGAGGACUAAAGUCCCAGCUUUCUUAUCUGACUUGGGGAAGGCCACAUUGAGGGGAAUCAGAAAGUGUCCCCGAUGCGGCACAUACAAUGGAACCCGGGGACUGAGCUGUAAGAACAAGACAUGUGGAACCAUAUUUCGAUACGGUGCACGGAAGCAGCCUAGUGUUGAAGCUGUCAAAAUCAUCACAGGCUCUGACCUGCAGGUCUACUCAGUGCGGCAAAGAGACAGGGGCCCUGAUUACCGAUGCUUUGUGGAGCUGGGUGUUUCGGAGACAACGAUCCAGACAGUAGAUGGGACCAUCAUCACUCAGCUGAGCUCUGGGCGGUGCUAUGUCCCCUCAUGCCUGAAGGCUGCCACCCAAGGCGUUGUGGAAAACCAGUGCCAGCACAUCAAGCUGGCAGUGAACUGCCAGGCAGAGGCCACACCUCUGACCUUGAAGAGCUCAGUCCUAAAUGCAAUGCAGGCUUCCCCAGAAACCAAACAGACCAUCUGGCAGUUGGCCACAGAACCCACGGGUCCCCUGGUACAGAGGAUUACUAAAAACAUCUUGGUGGUGAAAUGCAAGGCAAGCCAGAAGCAUAGUUUGGGGUAUUUGCAUACAUCUUUUGUGCAGAAAAUCAGUGCCAAAAGCUUGCCUGAGCGCCGCUUCUUCUGCUCCUGCCAGACUCUGAAAUCCCACAAGUUGAAUGCCUCCAAGGACGAGGCAGCCCAGAGAUGCAUUCAUUUCUUUGCUUGCAUCUGUGCCUUUGCCAGUGACGAGACAUUGGCUCAGGAAUUCUCAGACUUCCUAAAUUUUGAUUCCAGCGGUCUUAAAGAGAUUAUUGUGCCCCAGUUAGGUUGCCAUUCAGAACCAACAGUAUCAGCUUGUGAGUCUACUGCCUCUAAGCCAAAGAAGAGGAAAAAGGAUGAAGUAUCUGGUGCACAGAUGAACAGUUCACUAUUGCCUCAAGAUGCAGUGAGCAGUAAUCUAAGGAAAAGUGGCCUGAAAAAGCCUGUGGUUGCUUCUUUAUUAAAAAGGCAAGCCUGUGGGCAGCUAUUAGAUGAGGCACAAGUGACUUUAUCCUUCCAAGACUGGCUGGCCAGCGUCACAGAACGCAUCCAUCAGACCAUGCACUAUCAGUUUGAUGGCAAACCAGAGCCACUGGUGUUCCAUAUUCCUCAAUCCUUUUUUGAUGCCCUGCAACAGAGGAUAUCAAUAGGAAGUGCGAAAAAACGGCUCCCCAACUCUACCACAGCUUUUGUUCGGAAAGAUGCCUUGCCACUGGGAACCUUUUCCAAGUAUACCUGGCAUAUCACUAAUAUCCUGCAAGUUAAACAAAUCUUAGAUACCCCAGAGAUGCCCUUGGAAAUCACUCGUAGCUUUAUCCAAAACCGAGAUGGAACUUACGAGCUGUUUAAAUGCCCUAAAGUGGAAGUAGAGAGCAUAGCAGAAACCUAUGGUCGUAUGGAAAAACAACCAGUGCUACGACCCUUGGAACUAAAAACUUUUCUCAAAGUUGGCAACACUUCCCCAGAUCAAAAGGAGCCAACACCUUUCAUCAUCGAGUGGAUCCCAGAUAUCCUUCCCCAAUCCAAGAUUGGCGAGCUACGGAUCAAGUUUGAGUACGGUCACCACCGGAAUGGGCAUGUGGCAGAGUACCAAGACCAGCAGCCUCCCCUGGACCAGCCCUUGGAACUGGCCCCUCUGACCACUAUCACUUUCCCUUGAGGCAAAACAAGAGUCUUUUUGCUGCUAAUUUGCACAUCCCCAACCCUUGACAACUUUAAAUACUAGUUAGGCACGUAGAUAUCUGGCUCUGUUCCUUGGUAAACUGCUCUUAGCUAAGUUAACAAUUUCUCAACACUUUCAAGUGGAUUCUGUUGAAGAAAAACUCUUCUUGUAAAUGGCCUUUUUGGUGCUGCUGUGUACAGUCUUCAUUAUACAUUGGGCAGUAUUUUUAAAAGGAACAAAAAGAAAAUCAGCUCAUUUUCCUUCUUAUGGAUUCACCUUUAGAAUUUGUUUCAACCUUUUUCUAAUUCUCUAAGAAGUUAGCAGCACUCAGCCUUAUUACACCAAUAGUGUUGAAAAGUUAAUCAUACCCUGGUAAGGGCAGAAUGUUAAGGACCAUCCAGGCAGAGUUCUAGCCAUGCUCUUUAUUCUGUUCUCAAAUAAAGCACAGUGUCACUAGUUUUUCCAAAUUA